AUGGCUGCUAAUUUUUUCUUGGAGCUACUGAAAGAUGUAAUGAGUUCUGCACUUCAAGAGGAGUUGAGGCCACAAUCUGAACUUCCAAAAGAGGCUGAACCGGAAAUUCCUCACAAAUUCCUUUCAUUGAAAGAUGACGUCGCAAAAAUUCGAUUUUGUCUCGACAAAAAGAAGAUUCCCAAGCACUCGGAAGUGUUCAAACCCAAAAAUAAUUCGAAGUCAGCUCAAGCACGUGCCAAGGGAAAUGAAUUGUACAAAAACGGCGACUUUGUGGAAGCUUUCCAAAUGGUAAAUUUAUCGCAGCUAAUUUGUCUUCCAAGCAUUUUCUCAAAACGCAAAAUGGGAUACGCCAAUCGUUCAGCGGUGUUUUUCAAGUGUGGAUUCUACAAAUUUUGUUUGGACAACAUCCAGCUUGCUUAUGACAACAAUUAUCCGGAAGAAUUACGCGAAAAACUCGAAACGCGUCGCUUGGAUUGCAUAAAAAUGCUCGAAAAAGGCGUGGAUAGCGAGGAAAAAUACGAAAAAGAACGUAUUCCAUUGAAAUUGAGUCAUCCAGCUGACAAAAACAUCCCAAUGAUGAUUAAGGGACUCGAAUUGGCACAAAACGAGCAAUAUGGAAGAUUCGUUCGUACCAAUCGUGACUUAAAUCCAGGUGACAUUUUGUUGAUCGAAAAUGCUUUUACCUCAACUCCAAUGCCCGAAAAACAAUUUCAUCUGUGCGACAAUUGUCUUGAUGACAAAAGUUUGAACCUUUUACCUUGCGAAAAGUGUACCGGAGUGAUGUUUUGCUCCAAAAAAUGUCAAUUAGAAGCUGAAAAACGCUUCCACAAGUACGAAUGUCCCAUAAUUGAUGCUCUGUCGCCGUUGACUUAUUCAGCAUCUGCUAAACCAGCCACUGUUGCAACUCGUGCUGCCCUGAAAUCGCUCACAAUGUUCGAAAAUUUCGAAGAUUUGCAAAAACUCGUAGCUGAAAUCGGAAAUAAGAAUGAAGUUUUCAACGUGGAUUACAAAAAUUUGUCCGAAGAACAAUAUUUUCGUGCUUUAUUCUCGAUUCCGACAAAUAUUUCACGGAAUUCUCGAGUAUCAUUCGACAUCGCCAACUGCUGUGCUGAAAUUUGGAUCUUAUUGAGUCAUUUUACGGAUUUGCCAAAAAUUCUCGACUCGCGUGAAAAGCAAGAUUUCUUCCUAAAAUUGUUGUAUCGCCUUUUUUACGUGACUCCAACGAUACUUGGUCAAGAAAACUUGUACGGAAACGGAAUUUUUGGUCUUUCGGAGAUGAUAAAUCACUCAUGUGCCCCAAAUAUCUACAGAAUUUUCAAUCAAGGGACCUCUGCUGUCGUCGCCAUCCAAUCAAUUAAAGCGGGAGAACAAAUUUUCGACUGUUACCAUUCAUCGCUCAAUCAUUUGUUCGAACAUUUGGAGGUUCGUCAGGAAACAUUGCGAACUGUGCACUUUUUUGAAUGCAAAUGUGAAGCUUGUACCAAAAAUUAUCCGAUGCAAUUAGAUUUAAUGGGACGUGGUGACAUGCGAUUUUACAGAAAGCAAACGCAAGAUUAUGAAGAAUGUGCGGAGAACGAUGAAAUUGACGUCAAAAAUGCCAAAAUGAAGCUUGUUGAGUACAAAAGACUUCUCAAAAAGUACGAGAAGAACCGUCCAUCCAGUGAUUUGAUGCUUUGUCAGGCUUUUGUUACCCAUGUAACAGCUAGAUUGGUUUUUGGUCGUGAUAUUUGUCAAAAGUUGAAGGCAGUUUAAAUGUUGAUUUUUUUUUUAGUUUUUUGAACAAUCUGUGGAUGUUUAAUUGAUAAAAUUGUCAAUUUGAAAUAAUUUUCAAAGAAAAUUUGA